GACAGGAAGAUCAUACAAACAGUCAAUAGGAGAUUCGGGGGACAGCUAAACGGAGGACAAUUGGUUCAAUACAGAGAAUAACCAAAACGUACAGACACACGAAUAUACAAACGGAACAAAGGAAUAUAACGUGCAAUAAAGACGGAACCAAGCAGCCAUUAUCCGCAGUGUGUGAAUCUGUUGUCUUGCAGCACCUGAGCGCAACAAACACGGAGAAAGACACCGAGCCAACGAAUGACACGACGAGGGAGGAAAACUAGAAGGUGAAAAAGGCUGGAAAAACAGCACAAACGACUGUUCGGGGGAUCUGCUGUAAGACAGAGCAGAAGAGCGCAGGGUGACAGCAGCAUCCGCUAGAAGGCUCGCACAUGUCGGCACGUUUGAACUCCCUAUCCCCACCCUGCGUGGAUCAUCCGCUCCUUUCCAAAUAACACGAAAUACGGCACAAAAAGGAAACAUAUUAUCGAAUGACAGACCAUCGAGAAGAAGAGGUCGGAUGAAAUUGGUGAAAUUUUGUAGUUAAUAGUUUAUUUUUUGUUACAUAUACCGGUGACAAUUGGAUUUUAACUGAAUUAUAAUGAUUUUAUUAGAUUUGCUUUUUGCAGAUUAAUGUAUAUUCGUUAUAAUACUAGUUGAAUAAUUGCAACAAAUUUAUUUUAUUCGUUUUGUGUGUGGAUCUAUUUAUUUAUGUCAUAAAUAUAUAAAUAAAUACCAAAUUUAGGCCGGUGACUUACUGAUGACGCCAAUACGGCAACGAGAUUGUAGUAGACUAAUACAUAUGAUGACUUUGAUCUCUAUAUAGAGAUAUAAAUAUAUAGAUAUAUACGUAUAUAUCUGUGUCUAUCUGUAUUUACGUGUAUAUUUUAAAUAAACCCAUUUUCCGGGUAUUAAGACGCGUUCAAACGGCUAAUCGCAGUGGACACCUACAUUGCUCUCGCAAUCUUUAACCUACCUAGCGAUCCACUACACGUAAUCCUUUCAUUUCUCUACCAAUGAAUUUCUACGAACAAUCUAAUCGCCAUUAAUUAAACGUUUCAAUACUUUUUAAAGGUCAUCCGUUUUAAUGUAUUAGUUUAUUAGUUAAAUCACAGCAGCUGCCUUUUUUACUGCUUCCAUCAUCCACGGAACAUCCCUCCUCUUGAGUACCAAUACUACUGCAACGAUGGACACCACAAAGCUGCCUCCGUCCAGCCCCUCUUCGCCGACCACUGGCUUCUCCGUGCCGAGCGCGGAGAAGGUGGAUGGCUUCCCCCGCCGGUCGAUGCGCCGAGCGCGGCAGCGCCGCUCUCAUAGCUCGUCGCAGUUCCGAUAUCAGAGCUCCCAGGUCGAGUUGACAGCGCUACCAUUACUUAAAGAUGCUCCCGUGGCAGAGCUGCAUGACCUGUUCUGCAAGAAGCUGCAGCAGUGCUGUGUGCUUUUCGACUUCUUGGACUGCGUGGCCGACCUGAAGGGCAAGGAGGUCAAACGGGCAGCGCUCAACGAGCUGGUGGAAUGUGUGGCUACCGGCCGGGGGGUGCUGAUCGAACCUCUAUAUCCCGAGGCCAUCAAGAUGAUUUCGGUGAACAUUUUCCGCACGCUACCACCCAGCGAGAAUCCCGAGUUUGACCCAGAGGAGGAUGAGCCAACCCUGGAGGCCUCCUGGCCUCACCUGCAGCUCGUGUAUGAGUUCUUCCUGCGCUUCCUUGAGUGCCCAGACUUCCAGCCCUCCGUGGCCAAACGCUAUGUGGACCAGAAAUUCGUCCUGCAGCUUCUGGAGCUGUUUGACAGCGAGGACCCGCGGGAGAGGGAGUACUUGAAGACCAUCCUGCACCGCGUCUACGGCAAGCUACUGGGUCUGCGGGCCUACAUCCGCAAACAGAUCAACAACAUCUUCCUCAGGUUCAUUUAUGAAACUGAGCACUUCAAUGGCGUGGCUGAGCUUCUGGAGAUACUGGGAAGCAUCAUCAAUGGCUUCGCCCUGCCUCUCAAGUCAGAACACAAGCAGUUCCUGGUGCGGGUGCUGAUCCCUCUGCACACGGCCAAGUCCCUCUCCAUCUUCCACGCGCAGCUGGCGUACUGUGUCGUCCAGUUCAUGGAGAAGGACGCCACCGUCACAGAAUAUAUAAUCCGCGGUUUGCUGAAAUACUGGCCAAAGACCUGCACCCAGAAAGAGGUGAUGUUCUUGGGAGAGAUGGAAGAGAUCCUGGAUGUUAUCGAACCCUCGCAGUUCAUCCGGGUUCAGGAGCCACUCUUCAAGCAGAUUGCUGCCUGCAUCUCCAGCCCACACUUCCAGGUCGCAGAGCGGGCUCUGUAUUUCUGGAACAAUGAGUACAUCCUGAGCCUGAUCGAGGAGAACUGUCAGGUGAUCCUGCCUCUGGUCUUUGCUACACUGUACAGAGUCUCCAAAGAGCACUGGAACCAGACGAUUGUGUCUCUCAUUUACAAUGUGCUGAAGACCUUCAUGGAAAUGAACAGCAAGCUUUUUGAUGAGCUCACUGCCUCUUACAAAGUGGAGAAACAGAAGGAGCUGAAGCGGGAACGGGAGCGGGCCGAGCUUUGGCGUUCCCUGGAGGAGCAGCAGGAGAGGAGGCUGAUCAGCAUGCGAGAGGCCUGCCACAAUCAGAGGAACCUACAGGAGCGACCCAGCCCAGCCCAACAGGACACUGCACCCAGCAGCAACAGCGCCACCUAGGGCCAGAGCUGUACUUUCACAUAGGAACUUCCCUUCAAACACUGCUCACCACAGGGCUUAGCCUCAGAACAGCAUGACUACAUUUAGUCUCCCACACACACACACAGACACACACACACACACAAAUGAUGCCACACAAACACACAUAGAUAUGCACAGACAUCCAAUCAGAUCUACACACAAAUGUACACAUAAUUAAGCAUAUGAACAAAAUGUUUAAUAGUGAUACAAACCUUCAGUUACACUAUUGAAUUUCUUCAUAUUUGUGCAACUGUCCCAAGCAUUCCAUUACUGGAAGGUUAUGCCCUCAGACACUGAGAAACCCAAGCCUAACCACACAUGAGAGGCAUGCAUGUUGGAGAACUACAUACACAUCGACUGACACGCAGACACACAGGUGCAAUGAAACUGGUAUUGAACACCACAAUGGAUAUCAGUUAAUCUUGGAUCCAGCAAGGCCCCGAUUAAGAACCACCAAAAGUUAGCAUUUCCUUUCUCCAGAAAAAGAGGAAUGAUGGUAAUGAUGAUAAAGAAAUUAUCAAAUAAUACAAUUCAUACUCCUACUUCUAAUAUUACUAGUUUUUAUAUAUCUAUGAAUAGAGUAUGACCAUAUGACCAAGGAAAACGUGGUACGACUGGUGCAGUCAUAUGCUGCUAGACUGAAAUUACUCUAAUGUACGAAUGAUUUAUUGUAGUUCCGUCACAUUCUCAGAUGGGAUGAGAAACCAUUAUUUCAGCAAUAUUAGUUUUCAACACGUCAAGGUUUUUCGCAGUGGGUGGAAAUGGGCAAGCAUGAGGACUCUGUACUGUCGUUUAGUACGUCUGUCUACAUUCAUUUAAUGCUGAAACCGUUUUGGUGCAUAUUUUGUUUUUUUUUUUAUCUUGAAUUUUAUAUUUUCGCCUUAUUGUUUCUCUUUUGUUUAAUUUAAAUGUGUGGCCCUUGAGGAGAAGGAGGGUUGUCAGUGUUUGUAUGUGCAUUUGCACAAUUAGUUGUGCACACACACCUGUGUGAAUGAUUUGUGUAUAUGUUGGAGGUGGAAGUAUGAAAGAAUUUAUUUGUGUGUUUGUGUGUGUGCGUGUGCGUGUGUUUGAGGGAUAGCGAGAAGGCAUGCUGAUUAAAGACAGAGUGGAAUGGAACAUUGGAAGGCUGCGGGGGUGGGGGGAGGGUGUCUCGGUGUCACUGUGGUGCCCCCAGACUCGUACUUUCAGAGACCACAGUUGGAAUUAUAACACUAUGAUUGUGCUUUAAGCUUCUUGAAAACUGUAGCUGCUAGUAGCUGGUUUCCAGUACCAAACCACCAUUCCUCAACAUCUCUGACCUGCGUUCCUGUUCAUUUUGCAUCUCGUACACACACCCUUUUCUGACCCACAGCCCGUUUGGGUCAAACUGCUGGAAUGAUGACUAUUUAUUUAUAGACCAGAAGUAAUUGUAAUCAGCUCAGAGACAGCAAUAAUACGAGACUCUACCAAAACAUGGAGGUACCAAUAGCAUAGCAGAACCAGAGAUUAACACUCCUCUGGAAUUUCAAUUGCGUUGCAACAUGGCUUGGUAUUUUGGGGACAAUCAGCCUUGAAUGAAUGUGUCAAAAGGUGACUUAAUUAGGAAAAAUAUUUAUUAUUGAAUAUAUUGAAAAAAUGACUGGAAUGGUCUUUUUUUGUAUGUCGCUUUUUGUUGGCCAGAAUUCACAUACAGACACUCAGGGUCAGAUUGGCACAUAUGCAUGUUCCGAUUUAUUCAGAAAGUGGUAGGAAAUCUUAGUCGGGAGUGAUUUCAAUAUCACCAUUAUUUACCUGCUGUAGACGGACUAGUUUUCUUCUGUACUGAAUUAGACAGUGAGUGAUGUAUAUAGCCUAAUGCCAGAUAGCCUGCUUUUGUACGGUUCGGGACCAGUAUAUAGAACUGUGUGUGGGCUGGGGGGGGGUAGGUUUGGGGUUUUAAAGCAAUGACAGAGAAACUGAACGGCACUUAAGGCAGCACCAGUGUGUUUAGACUGGGCAGUAAAGUCACACAGUGUAUCUUUACUGGUGUUCUCAGCAGUUCCACAUUUGCUCUAAUUUUGUUUGUUGUAAACAAAUUGCAUACUCUGGUGAUUUCCUUCCCUGUAUGUGUACCAACAUCUGUCCCAAAGUUUUGCUUUUUGAUGCUGUCUCUCAUUCGGUGUAAUGGGGACCCACUGUAUGCUGUGGCCACAUUCAGUCUGCUCCUUACAUAAUUUGUUUUCAUUGAGCUAAUUAAUACUUUUAUCAAAUUAACAUAAACGAGGAUCACCGAAAAUGCACUUGGGAUUCUAGUGAUGUUAUUGGCCGUGUUCAACAAGCAUAUUGGAACGCUUACUGGUUCAGCCAGGCCUGGUACAAAGAACAACUCACAGUGCACAAAUAAAUAAUAGAAGAUACACGUGGAAUGAUACAGAGAAAAGUAUGACUUAGACAUUUCACAUAUUUAUGUCAGUUACUCAUUGUGCACAGCUGUUCAUGUUGUAUCAUAACAGUGCAUUUCUUCCCAUAAGGCUAAAUUUGAAAAGCUGUCAGAUGAUUUUAUUAAACACCUCAGUCAACACUGAUUUUUAUGAGGUCAUGUGAGCUAAAUAAAUAUAUAAAUAAAUAAAAACCAGCGAACACAGUGGGUCCCCACAACUACUGUGAAUCAUCGGUGUGUAUAAGGUUGUAGAUACUGAACGUACACCUUUGAUUUUUCACAUUAGUGAUGCACUCAUCUGGCCUAAUAUUCCACACACACAAUUACAAGCUCAAAGUCUGAUCAAAGGCAAAAUGUGUUAGAAUGACACCAGCGGAGGAAAUGAGGAGUAUGUGGACAACGCAGGGCCACUGACUGGAGGUCUGGGACCUGCUGGGCGCCGAGACUAAUUGACAUGAAUGCUCUUAGAAGGUUGCUCUCACCUGAAAUAAUACCUUAAAACUGUCAGAGAGCUUAUUUAUAGUUCUGAGGCUGGGAUUUAAUAUGGUCCCCACCGAUCGCAUGAACAUCUUUUGUUUUCUGACAGAAACCCAUAACUCCCCAUUUCUUCUCGUCAUCUUCAUAUUCUCAUGCUGCACCAUGAGCUCCUUCUGACCACGAGUUACACUGAGUUACCAUGAGUUACACUGACAACAUCUACAAUAAAUUACUUGGUACUAUUUUUAAAACACAACAUUUAUUUUAUGGACUGGGUCCUAGUCGAACUGACGGGCUCCCGGCUGCUUGUUAACAGGCAAUGUGCUGUCCACAAAAACUCAAGUCUUGACGUAUCUUCCUAACGUUAUAGCCUCUUUGUGUAUUUUUCUUUAUCUUCCUUCAUUUUUUUUACUGCCUCAUCUAUUGUUUCAUUAUUUACAUAGUUUGUAGUUUAACAUGACGCUUCAAAUAAUAUUACCCUGGGAGACUAAAGAUCUUUGACACGUAUUUAUGUAGCUUUUUUCUUAGAGCAAUAUAACUAUCUUGCUUAAACGAACUAAAACAGUACCACACUUGAUGUAAAAACCAGUAUCCUGAGGCCCGGAGAAGAAUCAUUUUAUAGGGGUGUCCAAUAUCACAUUGUCUUUCCUGGAGUUUUAUUUCAAUUGUCCUGUCUUAGUAUUAUUUCAUCUUUGAUUCCUUUU